CUCCCAGUGUUAGGAUUGGGGCGAGGGAUCGCGAAGAAGAUUGGAGGGUCCCUCUUGUCGAUCGACGCCGCGGGCCUGAAGCGGUUAACGAGCGGAGGCAGCAGCAACACUGGCCCCCUUCCUCCCCCCUCUCGCUCCUGUCCUUGCUGCGCGCCUUGCCCCGUGCCCUGUGGAAACUGAAGCAGACCUGCCCAGCAAGCUGAGCAACUCUCCCCCCCCUUUUUUUUUAACUCCGGGUUGCGUGGAGGACAAGACCAACCUGGUCUGACUCUCGGCUUCUUCGUUUCCCUCUUCCAGUCCCCUGAGCGGGCUUGCAAAGGGGAGGAGGAGGAUGGAGGGACGCCUUCGCUUUCCCUCCGGAUGGAUUUAGAAAGGGAGUGCGUGUGCUGGAAGGCAGCGGCGCUGCUUCCUCAUCCGAUCACCUGUGGGAAAUGGCACCUGAAGGGGAUGAGAGGAUGGCACCCCCAGCGCCAGCCCACUGCGGACACGGCUGCUGAGACGGGAGGAGGACGACAGACGCAGUGCCUGAGGUUAGUGUUCAAGUUGAAGAACUAGCACCCUUUUACUGAUCACACCAGGGCUUUGAUUCUCCUUUGGAUUCCUAUCAUUUUUCCUACUCCAGUCAUUUUUUUCUGCAAGGUGAGAUCUUCAGAGUUCAGCCAUGACUACUUCUGCCUUGCGUCGGCAGGUAAAAAACAUUGUGCACAAUUUUUCUGAGGCAGAGAUCAAGGUGCGUGAGGCCACUUCCAAUGACCCCUGGGGCCCACCAAGCUCCUUAAUGUCUGAGAUCGCAGAUCUGACCUUCAACACAGUGGCAUUUGCAGAGGUCAUGGGCAUGAUCUGGAGGCGGCUAAACGACAGCGGCAAGAACUGGCGUCAUGUCUACAAGGCGCUGACUCUUCUGGACUACCUCAUCAAAACUGGCUCAGAGAAAGUGGCUCAUCAGUGCCGGGAAAACCUGUACACCAUCCAGACCUUAAAGGAGUUCCAGUACAUAGACCGUGAUGGCAAGGACCAGGGCAUAAAUGUUCGGGAAAAGGUAAAGCAAGUGAUGAGCUUGCUGAAGGAUGAGGAGAGACUGAAGCAGGAGAGAGCCUAUGCCCUGAAAACCAAAGAGCGGAUGUCCCUUGAGGGCAUGGGAAUCAGCAGCAGCAACAGCCAGCAGCUUGCCUAUGGACGGAGGGCAUCACAAUAUGGAGAUGACUAUGGCAGGUCCAGAGAUUCUCCAUCCUCCUUCAACUCCUCUUCCUCAUCCCCCCGGUUCAAUUCUGACCUGGAGCAGGCAAGGCCACAGACGACUGGAGAAGAGGAGCUCCAACUCCAGCUUGCUCUGGCCAUGAGUCGAGAAGAAGCAGAGAAGCAGCCACUUCCUCCAGUAUCCAGCACAGAUGAAGAUUUGCAAUUACAGAUAGCGCUGACCCUGAGCAAACAGGAGCAUGAGAAGGAAGUUAGGGCAUGUCAAGGAGAAAAUUCACUACUGCAAAGGGCAUUGGAAGAGAGUCACCAGGGCAUGGAAGAAGAAGAGAAGACCAAGAAAAGUCAGUCCUCUGUGUUGGAGCUGGCAGAUAUUUUUGGACCAGCACCAAUAACUUCUACCCACACUUCAGCUGACCCAUGGGAUAUUCCAGGUGGGGGCAACAAUCGAUCUGUUGAGGUUUGGAAUCAUGAUACAGCCUUCUCUCCCCCAGCUCUGUCCUUGUCUACUUCUUGGGAACAUAACAAUACCAAAUCUGCUGUGGGAUCAACAGGAACAUCCUGGGGCCCCACUGCAGACCCUUGGGUGCCGGUACCCCCAGGGGACCCUCUAAAUCCAUCCAGUCAAGCCUCCCCAGGGCCCUGGAAUCUUCCUCAUGGCUCCUCCUCCUCUGCUUCCUCUGUGGAUCCAUGGGGGGUGAAAUCCCCACCUUCAAGUGUCUCCUCUUCAGACCCCUGGGGAAGGUCCUCACCACCUGCUCUAGUUUCUGCAGGCAUUACUUCUGCUGCUGAUCCGUGGGGAGCCUCUGUGGAUAAGUCUUCCACAGCUGAUAGUGCUACUUUUGACUUGUUUGCAAAACUACCUGCACAUGUAGAUCAGCAAGAACAUGACAGUUCCCAGGCUCCAUCAUCCAGGAAAUCCAAUAGCCCUGUAGAUGUGGACCUGUUCGGGGACCUUCUUCCAAGCACCAAAGAGAAUGGAGUCAAGAAUAAGGACGUUUUUGAUAUUACUAGUUUAGGAGACUCUCUUCCUGAUUCUAAGGAGAAGAGAGACAGCAAAAUGCCAGAGACCUUUCUUGGCCCAAAUGCCUCUUCUUUGGUUAAUCUGGACUCCUUGGUCACAGCACCCCUGAGCCUGAAGUCUCGUAAUCCAUUCCUGGCAGGUCUCAGCACGCCUUCUCCCACCAACCCAUUCAACAUCAUUGACCAGCCCAAACCAACUCUCAACCAGAUGCGGACCAGCUCCCCAGUGCCCACCAUAGCUAUGGGGAUGACCAUGAACUCCAUGACCUACAGCGCUUCACUCCCUCUUCCACUCAGCAGCAUCCCAUCAGCAAUGACCCUCCCAGCCUCCCUGAGUGCCUUCCCUCAGGCCGGAGCAGGGCCCUACUCAGAGCUACCCGUCAACUUGCCUCAACCUCUCCUACCACUGUCUGGCUCAGGUCCCCCGGCACUACCUUCGCAAGGCAGCAUGAACCCUUUCCUCUGAAGAAGACUUUGUUGGUGUCAUACAAACUUCCUCUUGUUCCUUCUCCAGCUGUUAUGGAAAACCUCCCAUGCAAAGGCUUUGUGGGCAUAUUAGUUUUGAUGGGAGGAAACAUCUCCCUGGAAGCUCUUCUGCUAAUUUCUGCCCAGGCCGAAGAGACUCAGUUAUCAAGAAUCUACUUGUUUGGUGGCUUGCAGAAGAAGAAGCCGCGCCAUCACGUUGAACAUUGCCUGUAGUUUGCUGCCUCUGAUGGUGAAUGGGAUGCUCCUGUCAUCAGCUGGCAUUGUUUUUGAUGGGUUCAGAGGAGAUGGGAUGUCCUUUAAGAAGGACUCGAUUUUCAAAAGUCUUUGUGCUCCAGUUCUUUUAUGUUGGUACAAACAGAGGCUAAAUUAAUUUUUUUUAAAAAUCACUCAUAAAAGAUUUCCCUUCAUUGGGAAGGGAAUCAAAAUUAUUUUGUAACCUGCAUGGAAAACACAAAAAUGUAUGCCAAGGCUUGCAGCGGCGCUGAGUGCAUGACAGGAGCACAGUCUCACUUCUGGAAAUCAGGACAGCUCAACAAGUAUAGCACUGUUCUAUGUAAGAGGAGGAAAUACAAUUUCUUUCUUCAGAAUUACCUUCAUUGGGUUGCUUGACUAAGGGACAUCUUUUCUUCAGCUAUUCUUGUCACCCAGUUACACUAUGGGGGAAAAUGCAAAAGUAUGCAACUAGAAAAUUUUAAUGACUGUAAAAAUAACAAUAAUAAUAGGAAGCAGAAGCAAGUAAGACAAAUUGCACACACUUCUUUCUUUGUGCACCCUUCAUACUGCUUGCAACAUUUGGAGCAAGUUUUGAGUCCCAUUAUCUUGGACCAGGGGGGAAGAUGGGAUGAGAUAUGUAGAAAGUUAUAGAAUCAUAGAGUGGGAAGGGAAAGUAAUCUAGUCCACUCUCCUGAUUGAUGCAGGAAACUCAAAGAUAGAGCAUUCCCAGGAGAUGGUUGUCCAGCUUCUGUUUGUGCAUGGCAAUAUCAAAAGACAAUCUCCACAAAUGUCUGUUUCGCUUGGGGACAAGGGAAAGGCCUGGUGAUUAUGGGAAGGGAGCGGAGUAGCAUCAACAACAACUACACAACCACUAGAAAUCUGACCAACCUCCUUCUAAUUACUUAGUAGAAAAAGUGCCCAGCUGUAUAGGGAAUAACUAGGCAGGCUAGAAACUUGUUUUUUAAAUGCCCCCCCCCCCAUAGUGAGAUGCUCAGGAGUCUGAAGAAGCAUCACAUUUGAUACUAGAAGAGCACAAUUUCCAGUCUCAUCCCAUAUUUCUGCCGAGAUGUUCUUCCAUUUGAAAUUGCAUGUCUCUGCCAUUGUGGUUCUGCCUCCUUUGAUCCAAGUGACUUUUCUUUUGACAUCUCAGUAAUGAUUUGGGGAAUCUGGUUUCUCCUUUAUUAUCUUCAUGGACCAGUCCACUAGUUACGUAUUUGACUGCAGACUUUGUUGCUGUCCCAGAGGCUGCCUCUUAAGCCCUGGACUCACAAACAGGGAACCCCUGAAAACGAGGUGUGCUCUAAUAAGGGCAGAACCCACAGUGGAGAAACAUUUGAAAGAACUCAGUGAAAUUCAUGGGAAAAUUCUGGACUGCUUUAAUGGAGGCAAACGAUGGAGGUCGUCAUUGGACUAGGACUUCAGGAAUCCUGAAUCCAUAAGAAACCUUUAUUAUUGUUCUUGAUGGCCUUGGAGCAUUUCACUGGGAACUCAAACUUGCUUUAAAAACUCAGAAAAAUAUAUCAAUACAUUAUCUUCCAUUUUCAGCCAACCUCCCUCCCUCCUAGGAUAUGAAUAGACAUGUUGUAAACCAAUAAGCUGGAAAGUCAGAGAUAGAGUGUAUAUGCAGCAUGACGUUAAAUCCCAUUUACCAGCUGUGUCUUAAUCUAGGAUUUCAGCAUGCCAAUACAAGAUGCAUCUGCAGGACAAGAUGUUUGUGGAGCCCUGAUCCAGCUGGAAUGGGCUAGAGGUGGGGAUAGGAAUAGGGGCCAGGCAUGGAGAGCAGUGUGGUACAAUCAUUGAGGCUUGGUUGCCAAUAUGUGUAAGCACCACCCCAGCAAUCACUAUACCAAUACAAAUUUCUGGCUAUAACAGAAAGUUGGGGGCAGGGGUGGGGGGAUAUGCAGGCAAUAAAAAGUUCAAACA